AUGGCACAGAUUAGCAAAAUGACACAGGGGAUACAAACCCUUUAUCCCAAUUCCAAGAUUCAUAAACCCCAAGUUCCCACAUUUCUCCCUUCACUUUCUUUUGGAUCUAAAAACCUGAAAAAAUCAGCAAAAUGUUUGUGGGUUUUGAAUAAAGAUUCAGUUUUGACAACAAGGUCUUGUUCUUCUUCUUUUAGGAUUUCAGCAUCAGUGGCUACAACCCAGAAACCUUCUGAGAUUGUGCUGCAACCCAUCAAAGAAAUAUCAGGCACUGUCAAAUUGCCUGGCUCUAAAUCCCUAUCCAAUCGUAUCCUCCUUCUUGCUGCUCUAUCAGAAGGAACAACUGUGGUUGACAAUUUGCUAAGUAGUGAUGAUAUUCAUUACAUGCUUGGUGCCUUGAAAACACUUGGACUGCAAGUAGUAGAUGACAGUGGAAACCAACGAGCUGUUGUUGAAGGUUGUGGUGGUUUGUUCCCUGCCGGUAAAGAGUCCAAGGAAGAGAUUCAACUUUUCCUUGGAAAUGCAGGAACUGCAAUGCGGCCACUAACAGCAGCAGUUGCUGUAGCUGGCGGAAAUUCAAGGUAUGUACUUGAUGGAGUUCCUCGAAUGAGAGAGAGACCAAUUAGUGAUUUGGUUGAUGGUCUUAAGCAGCUUGGUGCAGAGGUUGAUUGUUUCCUUGGUACGAAAUGUCCUCCUGUUCGAAUUGUCAGCAAGGGAGGUCUCCCAGGAGGGAAGGUGAAGCUGUCUGGAUCCGUUAGCAGCCAAUACUUGACUGCUCUGCUUAUGGCUGCUCCACUGGCUUUAGGAGAUGUGGAGAUUGAAAUCAUUGACAAACUAAUAUCUGUACCUUAUGUCGAAAUGACUUUGAAGUUGAUGGAGCGAUUUGGUAUAUCUGUGGAGCACAAUAGUAGCUGGGACAGGUUCUUUGUCCGAGGAGGUCAGAAAUACAAGUCUCCUGGAAAAGCUUAUGUGGAAGGUGAUGCUUCAAGUGCUAGUUACUUCUUGGCUGGUGCAGCUGUCACAGGUGGAACCAUCACUGUUGAAGGUUGUGGGACAAACAGUUUACAGGGGGAUGUCAAAUUUGCUGAGGUUCUUGAGAAAAUGGGAGCAGAAGUUACAUGGACAGAGAAUAGCGUCACAGUCAAAGGACCUCCAAGGAAUUCUUCUGGAAGGAAGCACUUGCGUGCCAUUGAUGUGAACAUGAAUAAAAUGCCUGAUGUCGCCAUGACACUUGCUGUAGUUGCACUUUUUGCUGAUGGUCCCACUGCUAUAAGAGACGUUGCUAGUUGGAGAGUCAAGGAAACUGAGCGCAUGAUCGCCAUAUGCACAGAACUUAGGAAGUUGGGAGCAACUGUUGAAGAAGGACCUGACUACUGCAUAAUCACCCCACCGGAGAAAUUAAAUGUGACCGAAAUUGAUACAUAUGACGAUCACAGGAUGGCCAUGGCCUUUUCUCUUGCUGCUUGUGCAGAUGUUCCAGUCACCAUCAAUGACCCUGGCUGCACGCGGAAAACCUUCCCAAACUACUUUGAUGUCCUUCAGCAGUACUCCAAGCAUUGAAGCCACUUCAAUAUGCAGUAGAGUGUAAGUAAAAACAUGUGAAAGAAUUUAGUUCUUGUACAACAAGACAGGCUAUUGCUGGUAUCUGAACAACACAAUGACUUUGACUUGUUUAAUUAUUUGCCAUGUGAUGAUGUUCAGUGUAUUUGUUAAAGUUGAGCUGUUUUUUGUUGUUUUUAAA